UACUAAUGUGACAAACUUCUCGUCAAAUGCUGAGGCGUUUGUUUGUGAAAGCUAAGCGUUUAGAUAGAGCUGCCACUCCAAAAAGUCUGUGGGAUUGCCCUGCGUGUUUUUUUUUCUUCUUCUUUUUCUGCCGUAUCUAAAUAUAAGACGGUGACAAAUAGUCCAAAUAGCCUACAGUAGCAACCCAACUGUGAUGUGGGGGUGGUGCGGCUCUAUCUCCAAAAGUCUCCUCUGUUGGAUCCGGAGUGCGUCAAGAGAAGGUCGCAGAGUGCCUCAGCUGCCGCGCGCGGCCGACUUUCCCCCUUUCAUCUCGUUACCAUGAAGAGACAAAACGCCAGGACGCUCGCCCUCAUCGUCAGCAUCCUCACCUACCUGGUGGUCGGGGCGGCCGUCUUCGAGACCCUGGAGUCCAAACAGGAGAAAAGUCACAAGAGGAGGCUGGACGCCAGGAAGUACGAACUCAUGCGCAAAUUUAACUUGACCAAAGCGAACUUCGAGGAGCUCGAGCUCGUCGUUUUACAGCUCAAACCUCACAAAGCCGGAGUCCAGUGGAAAUUCGCGGGCUCCUUUUACUUCGCCAUCACUGUGAUCACGACCAUAGGUUACGGCCAUGCAGCGCCCAGCACCGACUCAGGGAAGGUGUUCUGCAUGUUCUAUGCCCUGCUUGGGAUCCCGCUCACCCUUGUAAUGUUCCAGAGCCUGGGAGAGCGCAUCAACACGUUCGUCAGAUACCUGCUGCAUCAAGCCAAAAAGUGCCUGGGAAUGCGUCAGACCGAGGUCUCCAUGGCGAACAUGGUGACGGUCGGCUUCUUCUCCUGCUUGAGCACUCUGUGUGUGGGCGCCGCGGCGUUCUCCCACUGCGAGGGAUGGAGUUUCCUGCACGCCUUCUACUACUGCUUCAUCACACUCACCACCAUCGGUUUUGGAGAUUAUGUGGCUCUGCAGAGGGACGACGCGCUGCAGAACGACCCGCGCUACGUGGCUUUCUGCUUCGUCUACAUCCUCAUGGGCCUGACGGUGAUCGGGGCGUUCCUGAAUCUCGUCGUGCUUCGCUUCCUGACCAUGAACACUGAGGACGAGCGCCGGGAUGCCAAGCAGAAGGCCUUGAUGACCGUGGGCAAGCCCCGAGGGGAGGUGACUCGUCUUCUACCACUCUCAACCUCAACCUCGUCCACCGUCGUAGCCAACGACGCCACAAAGGCUAAAGAUUUAAAAGGUGCUUACACCGAGGUGUUGCAUUUCCAAACGAUAUGCUCCUGCUUGUGGUACAGAAGCAAAGAGAAGCUGCAGGGUUCCAUACCCACCAUGAUCCCUCAGGAGAUGACUUUCUCAGAUGCCUACUUGCAGCAGAACAGUAACUGUCCUCACUACAUGGAUCCUGGAUCAACAGGCUGUGUGUGCAGUCCACGUCAAUGCACCAGCAUAAGCUCCAUAACAACAGGCCUACACAUUCUGUCUCCAUUCAAUCUGUUUAAGAGACGCAGCUCCGUUUAGCCUUUCACAGCAGCUGAUGACAACACUUAACUGCAACUAGAUACACUGGCUGGUGGUGACAGAGGAAGGCAACAUGGUGACGGCCAGACAGGAGCCCCGUCUGGUCCUGGUGUCCCUGUCCUGCCAGGGC